ACAGCUGCUCGGGGACAUUCCUGUCGUGUCUUCAGCAACUCCAGUCCACAGAGACAGAGAGGGACACCGCGGGACGACGGGAGCUGCUUUCAACGCCUUCCCCCGGUCCGACCACUUUGCGUCGUCCCUUCUGGCAGACCUUUCUGAAACUUUUGUCGGUAAAACACGACGCGGAGAAGCGGGCAGCAGGACCCGCAGCCCGGGUGUCGGUCACCGGAGACGAUGGGAGUCUCUCACUAGAUCUACUACGGCACGGAAACACCAUGGCUGUGGACGCGGCUUCCAGUUUCAGUUUCUGCAGGCCAGCUGUGGAGUACAGGGCUCUGCCUGAGGACUUCAAGCACCAGCUGAGUCGACGCACAGGCGGGAAUCUAACUUGGCACGAUGGCCGCGGGCAGAAAACGGCAGGAGGCCGGACGGUGAAGCUGCUGCAGCAGCCGGGCACAGAGGCCCUGCAGUACCGUUCCAGUGAUAAUUAUGGGAUAUAUCACACGAGCCCGACGCAGCCCAGUCUGAUCCGCCCCGUCGUGCUCUGGUCGCAGCAAGAUGUUUGUAAAUGGCUGAAGAAGCACUGCCCACACAACUACCUGACCUACGUGGAGGCGUUCUCCCAGCACGCCAUCACAGGCCGUGCGCUGUUGCGUCUGAACGGGGAGAAGCUGCAGAGGAUGGGACUCGUGCAGGAAACUCUUCGGCAGGAGCUGCUGCAGCAGGUGCUGCAGCUUCAGGUGCAGGAGGAGGGACGCAACCUGCAGCUGCUCAGCAGAGGAUCCUUUGCAAAGAUAUCGUAGCCAGAUAUCUGGAAGAAGUGGACGACGUGGAAUUAUGGGAUAUUAUUUACCCGAAUAAACUCGAAUGUGAAUCAGAAAUCUGUCCAGCGAGCAGUGAGUUAUGUUGAGUGGAAGUCUCUGCAGACGGACCGACUAUGAACUGUGAUGACAAAGCACCGAGACAAUCUGCGUUCUCUCUCUCUUACUGUCUCUACAACCUUUUUUUAAUGUCAGAAGGCAAAACGAAUAAAUAAAAACAUCACAAUA